AUGCCAACAGCAGCAGUAUCUCUGACCGUAACGAACUCUCCUCGCCGUAUAUCCUCCACCUCUACUUCAUCCUCAUCGUCUUCUGCCUCAACUUGCUCUUCUACUUUCCGUACAAACUCCAAAGACUCGCCACCCUCGUCAUCUGGAAGUGACAGUGGAGGAGGAAAACAAAGCGAAGGCGAAGGAGGAUGGAGAAGACGAGGAACUACAACAACAGCAACAGCAACGACGACGGCAACAGCAACAGCAGCAACAGCAGCAAGUGCAGGGACAGUGUCACGGUUCAAGUUAUCUAAGCUCCUCCAUCUUCCACUUCAUCAUCAAUCAAGUCGUUCUGAACAGAAUGAAGUACAGCCGCCGUUAUCACCACGACAACAACAUUAUCAGUACCUUCAACAGCAAUCAUUGAACUCUCACUCAUACCACGCUUAUAACCAUCAUGGCCGUCCACAACAUCAACAUCACGACCACGGGCGCCAGCACAGGUCAAAAUACCAUAGCUCGGCCGCUCGAUUUCGACGGGGUAAUUUCUUUGGGUUCCUGCAGUCAUAUUACCAUGUCUUUCAUCGACAGCUACAAGACUCAACAGACCCAGCAACGGAUAAAGAUGCAUCGUUAGCCCAUUCGUCUUUCGAUGGCGAUAGUGACAAAGAUAUAGACAUUGAUAGAGACCAAGAUAGAGAUGGACAUUCCAAGAAACCUAAUGCUAUGACCUCCCCACGAUUGCCUGUUCGCUCUAUGCUGUCCUCACUACAAUUUGGCAGGAGCAACGGCAAUACCAAGACCAACUAUAAAGGUGGUGGUAAGAACAUGACCCCGCCUACGUUGGCAGUGCAUCCAGGAUACAAUGCCACCAUUUCAGACUUUCGACCGCACGCAACCAUUGACUCUACACUCUCUGAUUCUCCACCAACGAAAAUCACAGAGAUUAUUUUUGACCAGCAUAGCAGAUAUGCUGCCUCUUCUUCUGCUGCCGCCAUCGCUGACUCUCAUCAUCACCAAUUGCUUCUUGAGUUACAACAACCGCAGUCGCAAGAUGUAACUUCGUCAUUAUCGACCACAAUUCCAUCAACAACCGCGCUAGUGGUUGCUGCGCCUAUCGGUACUAAUUCAAGUAAUACAAAGCUCACUACACAUGCUAAUGUUAAUAAUAUUGCCAGUGAUUCAUUAUCCCCGAAAGAGAUUGUAACCGUGACGACGACAAUAACAGAUACAAACACCAAUCCUUCUCUUUUCACACCGUCAUCAUCAUCACCAUCACCAUUACAAAUCAACUCUAAUAACAACGCUGAUAACAGCACAAAAAUCAGUAGUGGUCUUAAAGCAACGUUGCGUCCGCUCAGUUUAUUGAGCGGUAGUAACAAAAAUAGCAAAAGCACUAGAACACCUCAGCUAUCAUCAAUCAUCCCUUCAUCAUUCAUCUCCUCUGUGACAUCCUCGACUGUGACAACGGAACCAAUAGUCUUACCAUCUAGACAGAAUGCCGUUCCACUCCCGUCUAGAAGAACCCGUCGCUCAAAAACAGGACCACCCUUACCAUUAAUUCAACAACAACAGCAGCAACAACUACAGGGCCAAGGCAGUGAUCAACCAUCUUUACCGUCCACUUCAACCUCCUUCUCUUCACCUUCUAAACACAUUACUAGAGCAUUGGAGGCUGGAGCAAAGAAGAUUGGGCUUUUAAAAAAGAAAAGGACAACGAUACCCACUCACUACUUGUCAUUGCCUGUUGGAGGGAUAGCCUCUGCUGCUGUUUCAGAAGCAAGUGGGAUGUAUGCGCUACACUCAGAGGAUCUUUCUGUCACAGAGUUUGCAAAACUAGCAGGAAUCACCAUUCUGCCGGAUAUUGAGAAUGAUAGCGACAAUUAUAACAGUGUACUCAGCUCGUUUCAGUAUCAUAAUGUUGACGACACUAUUGCUUCGAACAGCGUGGAAGAAGGAGCCGAUGGUAGUAGCGGGAGUGGCCACCCGUCAACGGGCGAAAGUAGCAGUAGCGGUAGUAGCCAUUUAAUCAAGGCCAUGAUCCCUGGAUCAGACUCUGGAAACACAAUGGACUCGGAUAGGCAGCUGACGACUGACAGUAUGAUCAGCAAUCAGAGUUUCCUGAGGAAAGUCAACAUUUGGGAUCCUCAGUUCUGGACCAACCCUCGCGAUGGCAUCACUGGUACCACUGGAGCUUUUCAAGCAGUAUCACGGCCUUCUUCAUCGCCACCUAUAUUACUGUCAACGAUGUCCGUCUCUUCCAGCGCGCCUCCAUCACCAAUGUUCUUACCUAUGGCACAAAUGCCCUUCAAUAUCCCAGCGUUGGUCAGACAGCCACCUACACCAGCAGAGUCAGAUAACGACAAUAUCGUAUGGAGUAGUGGCGAUAGUAAAAAGGUUGAGGAUGAUUGGUCCAGUGCCAAGACCUCGGCUCAGGUGCGCAGGAACUCUUUCACGUCGGAUGGACUGUGUUCAGGAGAUGGAGCUGAAGGAGGGACAUUGACAACAACUAAAUUUAAGAGAGAGCGUGCACGCACUACGAGUGGCACUAGUAUUACUCUCCGACGUGUCGAUGAGAUGCCCAACCCCCCAAAGGAUGCAGCAGAACUCUCGAGAGAUCUUACCCGGCGAUGUCCGUUCACGUCAUUGACAGCCGUUGCUAUUGAGCUAGGGGGUAGCGAACAAGAGACUCAACAAAGAGAAGGGCCUGCCAAUCGGUCUGAAGCCUCUCUUAAUCAGGCAAGGGGCAACAGUACUACUCAUUUAGAACCAUCUUUGCCAGAUCAGGCCAUUGUCCCCUCUAGAUCUCAACAACAACAACGCUCACAUCCACAUCAUGUCCCUGCUCAUACCGUAGCACUACAUGCACUUCAGCCUUCGAGAUGUAAGAAUACUUUACUACAGAGUUGUGGUAGUGGUAGCAGCAGUGGUCUUCCACGAUUACCAGGGGGCACUUCUAGGAAUCGUUCAUCUUCGCCUUCACCUUUGUCACGACAGAUCAACUUGGACUCUCCACAAGAGGAAAAAGAGGAGUUUGAUUUUCAGUCAUCAACAACAUCAGAAGCAGGAACAUCAUCCGUAACAGGGUUUGUACCGACUACUACCACUGUUAUUACGGAUACCACUGUUGCUACUAGAUCGUUCACUCUCAACCCAUCAUCAAUGGCUAUGGCCAUGUAUCGGCAACGGACACAGUCCUUACCCACCUUGUUCUUGCCGGAUCCACAGAAUGUUGCUGCUACUGUUCCUGCCAGUGAUACACUCUCGUCGCUGACAGCGUCAACACCAUUUACAUCUGUGACCCCUCUUGCAUCAGGCUCGGUGGAGCGUAGGCCGUCAACAUCGACAUCAACGUUAGCUAGCUCCAAGCCGAAACGUACGUUUGAACCUGGAACCAAGGUCGGGAGAUUUACGCUGGUGAAGGAGCAAUGCACUAGACAUGUUGAUAUUCUUCGAGCACAGGAGGAAGAGCUACGACUACAAAAUCAAUCAACGCCAUCAUCUCGCCGUAUAUCUACGAUUAGUUUAAUGUCUUCUUCGUCAUCUUCGUUAGCUGUAUUUGGACCAGAAGAUCAAGAACAUCAUAAUAUAGUGGGCGCCUCGGAUGAAUGCAAGCAUGGAGAGGAUGAAAAAUCACAAAAAGAAGGGAGCUGGAUGAAUGAUAGCCUAGUAAUGAAGUCAGAAGAGAAUGUAGUAGUCUUUCAGCGCAAGAAGACCAGACGAUCACUCCCAGUGAAUCCACAACAACGAUACUCGAACCCAAAUCCAGACUCAAGUUCACAAUUGCAAUAG